GGGGUUUGGCGGCGGCGCUUUCCCGGCUCGGUUGGCUUUUUACUCGGAAGAUGCUUCGCCGGCGAUGGGAAAACCUUGCAAGUUCCUCUCUGGAGCUGCAUCGGGGUGGGACAGCUCCCAUUCACCUCUAGUCCUUCACCUUGGAGGUCGUGCCUUGAGGCUGGAAGAGAAGCCCUGCAGAUGGGCGAGCAGUGGGUCCAGCCCUGUUCCGUGCCGAUGGAGGAGUCCUUCCCUCUCCCUUUCCCUGCGGUGCCCUCGGCUCGAGGGAGGAGCCCGAGUUCGUGACCGCUCGCGCUGGCGAGAGCGUGAUCCUGGGAUGCGACGUGAUCCACCCGCUCACGGGACAGCCCCCUCCCUAUGUCGUGGAGUGGUUCAAGUUCGGCGUCCCCAUCCCCAUCUUCAUCAAGUUCGGGUUUUAUCCUCCCCAUGUCGACCCAGAGUAUGCCGGCCGGGCCAGCCUGCACGACAAAGCCUCCCUGCGCAUUGAGCAGGUGCGCUCCGAGGACCAGGGCUGGUACGAGUGCAAAGUGCUCAUGCUGGACCAGCAGUACGACACCUUCCACAACGGCAGCUGGGUCCACCUCACGGUCAACGCUCCCCCCACGUUCACGGAGACACCGCCGCAGUACGUAGAGGCGAAGGAGGGCAGCAGUGUCACCCUGACCUGCAUGGCGUUCGGGAACCCCAAGCCCAUCGUCACCUGGCUGAGAGAGGGAGACCUUUUGGGUGCCAAUGGCAAGUACCAGGUGAGCGACGGGAGCCUUACGGUGCUCUCCGUCAGCCGGGAGGACAGAGGUGCCUACACCUGCCGUGCGUACAGCAUCCAGGGGGAGGCCGUGCACACCACGCGCCUGCUCGUUCAAGGACCUCCCUUUAUCGUUUCCCCUCCGGAGAACAUCACGGUCAACAUCUCCCAGGAUGCGCUCUUCACCUGCCAGGCCGAGGCGUACCCCGGGAACCUCACCUACCUGUGGUACUGGGAGGAGGAGAACGUCUACUUCAAGAACGACCUGAAGUUGAGGGUGCGGAUCCUGAUCGAUGGGACGCUCAUUAUUUUCCAUGUCAAGCCAGAGGAUGCUGGAAAAUACACCUGUAUCCCCAGCAACAGCCUGGGCCGCUCGCCAUCAGCCUCUGCCUACCUGACAGUGCAGUAUCCUGCCCGUGUGGUGAACAUGCCCCCCGUCAUCUACGUUCCCAUCGGGAUACACGGAUACAUCCGCUGCCCGGUCGAGGCAGAGCCCCCGGUCACGCUGGUCAAGUGGAACAAGGACGGGCGUCCCCUGCGAAUCGAGAAGUAUGCUGGCUGGAACCUGCUGGAGGACGGGUCGAUCCGGAUAGAGGAGGCGACUGAAGACGCUCUCGGCACUUACACCUGUGUGCCUUAUAACGCCCUGGGUACGAUGGGCCAGUCUCCCCCUGCCCGACUGGUACUGAAGGACCCCCCCUAUUUCACGGUGCUACCAGGCUGGGAGUACAGACAGGAGGCAGGGAGGGAGCUGUUGAUUCCUUGCGCUGCUGCCGGAGACCCCUUUCCCAUCAUCGCCUGGAGAAAGGUCCUCUCGGAAACGGGGGAACCGUCUGCCUUGCCACGACCGGAGAGACCGGAUCCCCUGCCGGUGGCCGGCGGUGUCCCCUGGGCCGCGCAGGUAGGGAAGCCCAGCAGGAGCAAGCACAACACGCUGCCCGGCGGCACCCUGCAGAUCCGCUCCCUCGGCAAGGACGACCACGGAGAGUGGGAGUGCGUCGCCACCAACAUCGUCGCAAGCAUUACUGCCAGCACCCACCUUACCGUCGUAGGCACAAGCCCUCACGCCCCGACCAGCGUGCACGUCGUGGCCGCCAUGACCUCAGCCAACGUCUCCUGGGAGCCCGGCUACGACGGUGGAUACGAGCAGACUUUCUCAGUUUGGUACGGCCCUCUGAUGAAGAGAGCCCAGUUUGGCCCCCAUGACUGGCUGUCUCUCCCUGUGCCAGCUGGUUCCAGUUGGCUACUGGUGGAUACCUUGGAACCUGAGACUGCUUACCAGUUCAGUGUCUUGGCUCAAAACAAGCUGGGCACCAGCUCCUUCAGUGAGGUGGUCACUGUGAACACUCUAGCAUUCCCUGUAACAACUCCAGAGCCUCUGGUGUUGGUUACCCCACCGAGGUGCCUAACAGCCAACCGGACACAGCAAGGCGUCCUCCUGUCGUGGCUCCCUCCCGCUAACCACAGCUUCCCCAUCGACCGCUACAUCAUGGAAUUCCGCGUCGCCGAGAGGUGGGAGAUCUUGGACGACGGCAUCCCAGGGACCGAGGGCGAGUUUUUUGCCAAGGACUUGUCCCAGGACACCUGGUAUGAGUUCCGUGUCCUGGCGGUCAUGCAGGAUCUCAUCAGCGAACCCAGCAACGUCGCUGGGGUGUCCAGUACAGACGUAUUCCCUCAGCCUGACCUGACGGACGAGGGUCUAGCCCGCCCGGUGCUGGCUGGCAUCGUUGCCACCAUCUGCUUCCUGGCUGCUGCCAUCCUCUUCAGCACACUCGCCGCCUGCUUCGUCAACAAGCAACGCAAACGCAAGCUCAAGCGCAAGAAAGACCCUCCUCUCUCGAUAACCCACUGCAGGAAGAGUUUGGAGUCCCCGUUGUCUUCAGGCAAGGUGAGUCCCGAGAGCAUCCGCACGCUCCGUCCCCCCUCGGAGUCCUCUGACGACCAGGGUCCGCAGGCCAAGCGGAUGCUGAGCCCCACCAAGGAGAAGGAGCUCUCCCUUUACAAGAAGACCAAACGAGCCAUCAGCAGCAAGAAGUACAGCGUCUCCAAGGCGGAGGCCGAAGCCGAGGCCACCACCCCGAUCGAGCUCAUCAGCCGCGGGCCCGACGGCCGCUUCGUCAUGGACCCGGCGGAGAUGGAGCCCUCCCUGAAGACACGGCGGAUCGAGGGCUUCCCCUUCGUGGAGGAGACGGACAUGUACCCCGAGUUCAGGCAGUCGGACGAGGAGAACGACGACCCCGUCGUCCCCACCUCCGUGACCGCCCUGAAAGCGCAGCUCACCCCUCUCUCCUCCAGCCAGGAGUCCUACCUUCAGCCACCAGCAUACAGCCCCCGGUUCCACCGGGCGCUGGAGGGUCCCGGCGCCCUGCAGGCCACGGGCCAGGCCCGCCCGCCGGCCCCCCGGGGUUUCCACCACCAGUUUUACGGUUACCUCAGCAGCAGCAGCCCCGGGGAGGUGGACCCGCCGCCCUUCUACAUGCCAGAAGUCAGCCCGCUGAGCUCGGUCAUGUCCUCCCCGCCGCUGCCCCCCGAGGGGCCCUUCGGACACCCCACCAUCCCCGAGGAGAACGGGGAGAACGCCUCCAACAGCACGCUGCCCCUGGCCCAGACCCCCACGGGGGGCCGGUCCCCCGAGCCCUGGGGCAGGGCCGAGUUCCCCUUCGGCAGCCUGGAGCUGGCCCCCGCGCCGUUCCCCCACCAGCUCCAGCCCUGCGAGGCAGCUGAGGGCUCCCAGCCCACCGGCUGCCUUCCUCGGGGGCCGCCCCCCUCCUCCCUCCAGGUGGUCCCCGCGUCCUACUCGGGCAUCCUGCCCCUGGAGGCACCAAAGAGCUGGACCGGCAAGUCACCGGGCAGGGGUCAAUCCUCCGCGCCCGCUACCACCAAGUGGCAGGACAAACCUAUGCAACCCAUGGGAUGUCAAGGGCAGCUAAGACAUACCAGCCAGGGUAUGGGCAUACCCGUGUUGCCUUACCACGAACCGUCCGAGCCCGUCGGCCCCAGCGGCACAAGCACAUUCAGCCUGGACACCAGGUGGUACGAGCCCCAACCCCGACCUCGGCCCAGCCCUCGGCAGGUCAGGAGGGCUGAGCCCAGUUUACAUCAGGUGGUGCUACAACCUUCAAGGCUUUCUCCUCUGACCCAAAGCCCCCUCAGCUCCCGCAACAGCUCCCCGGAGCUGACCGCCCGCGCCCGGCCCCGGCCCGGCCUCAUCCAGCAGACGGAGGUGUCGGAGAUCACGCUGCAGCCGCCCGCGGCCGUCAGCUUCUCCCGCAAGUCCACGCCGUCGUCGACGGGAUCCCCCGCGCCCAGCAGCCGGGGGGACAGCCCCAGCUUCCGACCGACCACCGCCUUCACCCCCGUGGGCACCGGCUUCUCCAACUCCCAGGGCUCCUCCCUGCCCGUGGACACCAUGGAUGUUUUCGGAGACAUCCCCUCUCCGAGGAGGGCUGGCGAGGAGAUUCUCCAACCGGAGCCGACAUCCACCACCACGGUAGCCGCCACGGGAAAACAUCCAUCUCCGCCCGGGGACGCUGCUGCACCUGAGAGGCUCGAAGCUCUGAAAUACCAGCGGAUAAAGAAGCCCAAAAAGUCAUCCAAGGGCUCCUCGAAAUCCAGAAAACAACCCAACGGCUCUGCCUCCCAGGUUCAGCACCCUCCCAGCUCUCAGGUACUGUCGCCUGACGAAGCUGUCUGCCUCCGCAAGAAGAAGAGACACCCUCGUCAGGACCCCUUCGCCCGGCUCUCGGCGCUGAAGGACGACCUCUGCCACCGGCAGCUCCCCGAAGACCAGACAGCCAUUCUCAACAGCGUGGACCACGAUGACACCAGCGGGCACGCCACCCUGCUUUAGCCUGCGCCGGCCCCAGGAGGUGGAACAGGAGCAGUGGAGGGAGCUGAUGGGGAUGGAGGCGAACGUUCGUCGGUGCCGUGCCGUGAUGUGAUUUCUUACCGCGUGAUGUGUAAAUCUUGACUCGUAACCGCGAGCCGGGGCGACGCAGGCGUGCGAGCCGAGGGGGUUCGGCUGCGUGGGCCCCAAAAAGCCUCCGUCGGCAGGUGCUGAGCCUGAGGGCGAGAGCGGCUGGAGGUGCCCAGCUCUGCGGAUGGACACGGAUGGCUCCUGGGAGCGGCCGCGCAAAGCUAAGCCCAGCGUUUCGCGUCAGCCUAAAACACGUUCCUGCUGGUUCCACUGUUCCCCCCUCUCCCUUCUCCCGCUCCAGCCCGACUGUGUUGGCUGUGACACCCGUCAGGGUCAUGUCCCUCCCUUUGCCCCCCUGUUCCCCUCGGUAAUGCUGUUCUAACUCUUCACCAGAAUGUAUUUCCUCUUCGAAGUACUUAGGGUAGGUUUGGUGGCUGGUGGUUUUCUGGAUUGCGCAGGCCUUUUUUUUUUGUUUUGGUUUGUUUUUAGCAGGAAAGGUGGAACCCGCUCCGAGAACAGCUGGGCUUGCUUUCCUGCUCUGCCUCCACUCUCUGACUGCGUGGCCUUGGGCAAGUCACUUAACCUCUCUGUGCCUCAGUUCUCCCAUCUGUAAAAUGGGGAUAAGUCAUAUUUGAGCACUUUGGACAAGCACUUGGUGGCCUAUAGACUGCAAGUGCUACGUAAAUGCUUAGUGCUGAUACCAAGCAAUCCCUACCUUUAAAAUAUUUAGAGUUGUUGUUUUUGUUUUUGGUUUUUUUAGUUUGAAGUGGUAAAAUCAACCGCUGUAUCCAGGUUUGCACAGUUCUUCCUCUAUGGUAAAGUGCUAAACCCUCCAGCCUGCCUGGGAAUAAAACACCAAGUGUUUCAUGUAGAUAUUCUUGCUUUGAGUGGAUUCAGGCUGUAGAAAAAGCAUCGGGAGAACCGAAGAGCCUGCAGGCAUGUUUUUGCCCCAGGCUCUCUAUUUGCAUAUGAAACUUUUGUUUAUUCCCAGGUAGAAUUGCCAAGAGAUUCUCUGCAAUCUCGCCUUUAAUUCUGCUUUGCCUUGGUUUUUGCUCUUGCUGCUGGUUGAACCUCCAAGGGCUGAGAUGUUUGGAGAAAGACGUGAGCUCUGGGUUGUGAUCCGGCACUCCAGCCGCGCCGCGCUCCCCGGGAGCUCUCAGGUCGGAGCCUGUUUAUUGCUCUGCCGAAAAAACACCUGGUUUUAGAGGCUGUGCUUCCUCUCCCAGCAGGAGGCUCGGGAACCUGCGACCACCAAAAGCAGAGCACCGUGUCUUUUCCAAUCUCCAGGCCCUCAGUAAGGUUUGAACCACUGGACAAUGAACCCUCUGAAUCGAUAACGAGAUAUUUCUGAGCUUUAACAACUUUGUGUAGGUGGUCUUCAAACCAUCAGCAGGUUUGUCUCGGGAAGGAGGGAGGGCCUGGCAGAAAUGUCCCUCUCUUUCCAGCCUGCACCAGGGCCUUUUAUUGACGUGACGAGUGACCUGACGUAAGAACCUCAACUCUCAGAGUGAGAAUUCAACUUUGCUAACAGUAUGACUGCGAAUUUCUUUUAUUUGAGUGUGCUCUUAGGGUUUUUCCCUAGAAUCCGCUCGGAUCUGAAUUGAUUUAUUGCCAUUCUCCCGCUCAGCAGCGGGGAACACUCUGCCUGGCUCACUUACUCAGCUUGCUGGUAACCUCAGCUGGGCUGCUCCCCGUGGGCUGGGCUGCUCCCGACGGACAGGUGACCAUCGGGGCCGGGGGAGGUGUGGAGGCUUUGCGCUGGCCAUGCCGUGGCCAACUUGCUCUUCCUUUCGCUCUCGUUGCCUCAACCUCUCCAACAGGGGGCCUGCUUUUUCCUUUGAGUGCUUUCCAAACUAUUUACGAUGCCCAUUCGGAUGGGCAAGGCGCUGUCUUCAGGCUCUUGAGGUUGCUACCUCGGGACUGUGCCCCAUCCCGUCUUAAGGAGCUCUAGAGGACUUGGAGCGGAGGGAAGGUUGACGGAGCGUGCCGGCUUGCUGCGUCAGUCUUUUGAGAGUUGUUUUCCUUUUGCAGGUGUUUUGAGCCACUGGGCUUUUCAUGGUCUUCGACCUUUAGAGCCUGGAGCUGCAGCCCUCUCUCUUUCAGCUGUGCACCUGCCACGCUGCUGGAGUGGGAAAUCCCGCCCGGGCGCCUCGUGGAAGCAGCUCCUCCCUAAAACCAUCCUUAACUCCUUUCCCUGCUAGACCGAGUUACCUUCCGAUAGACUCGGGCCGUGCUUUGGCUGACUGGCUCACCUCUUGCUUUGGCAACCUCCUCGCUUCUCCCAGCCCUCUGGUUUCCAUGCCCUCCAGGGGGUCGCUCCUCUCUCCUCCCACGGACCUGGGACAUCGAAGCCGUGUCAGACGAUGCCAAACGCUUCCCCCAUUUCACCCCCGUUUGAACUCCGUGUCGCUUUUUGGUGGUUUGCAAACACAGCUGCUGCUGCUGCUGCUGCUGCUUCAUUUCUUACUUUUAUUUUUUCUUUCAUGCUGCAAAAAUAUAUCUUGAUUUUUAUCUUCCUGG